AUGUCCUUUGUCCAAAGUUUGUAAACCUAUCAUCAAGAACCCAAAAAAGUGGCUUUGGAUUUGAAGAAAAAGGUGAAGAACUAAAAGGUUUCCCAGAAACAAAAGUGUUUUGCUAUCCAAAAGUCAAAUCAAAUAGUUCAAAAGAGUAUAUUAUUAGUUGUGGCAAAAAUCAAGAAUGCUAACUUCUUCACUGAGGCCAUCUUUUUUGCCUCUUCUUCACUCACAUCUUGUGUUUUCCCCUUUGAAUUUCACUAAAGUUGUUCACUUUUCUAACACCAAUUAUCCUAUUCAUUAUAUUUCCUCUACCAAAAGAUGUGCUUCAACAACUUCAUCUUCCUAUGGACACACGUGGCCCGAUGGAGAUGCUGAAACAUAUUGCAACAAUGAUAAUUUGAGGAAUGAAGAUAAUUAUCCAAUUCAGAUGUUUGGUUCUGAUGACGAACUCAGCUCUCAGAUUCCAACUCAAGUUCAGUCUGUUGUUGAAGGCUCAGGAUCAGUUUUGGUAUCAGAGUAUAAGCCAGUUCCAGAUGUGGACUAUCUGCAGGAGUUAUUAGCAAUUCAACAACAAGGUCCAAGAAAUAUUGGCUUUUUUGGGACGCGAAAUAUGGGAUUUAUGCAUCAAGAACUUAUUGAGAUUCUAAGCUAUGCCUUGGUCAUUACGAAAAAUCACAUCUUUACUUCUGGAGCAGCAGGCACCAAUGCUGCUGUCAUAAGAGGUGCUCUUCGUGCUGAGAAACCGGAGCUGCUAACUGUGAUAUUGCCGCAGAGCUUGAAAAAACAACCUCCAGAAAGUCAGGAGUUAUUGUCUAAAGUGAAAAAUGUGAUAGAGAAACCUCACAAUGACCAUCUCUCACUGCUAGAAGCUAGCAGGUCUUCAACAGUCAUUCUUCAAUGUUGCAGUCAAGUACUUAAGUUGUAUUGGUUUCUUGGCAGAAACUGCUUUCCCUGACGUGCCAAAUGAAAUGUCAUCAUACUUCAUAACACAGUUAUAUCAUUGUUCUCCUCCAUAUUUUUCUUAAAAAGUGGAACUGGUUGUGAAUGUGCUUUUUAUCAUCAUACAAAUAACUUGGUGCAAAUUGCUCGCCUCUCCUUUGUAGUAAUCGUUUCAAACUGUGUGGGUGUAUUAUUUCCCUGUUGCUGUAUCCGUGGUAAUUCUAACUAGUGGUUGAUCUCCUUUGCAUUGUGUUAAGGUACCUUAUUACCAUGUCUUGGGUUAUCUUAAUUGGUUUUCCUGAUGUAGGCUAUGUAACAUGGACAUCAUUUCUCAAGUGCAGCAAGUUAUUUGCUUUGCCUUUCAUGAUAGCAGAUUGCUUAUGGAAACUUGUCAAGAAGCCAAGAAUCUUAGGAAGAUUGUUACUCUCUUUUACUUGGACUAAUGGAUAGCAACAACCUCUGUUCAUAGAUUCUUUGCUAUUGAAUAUGUUCUCUGUUGAUUAAGGGGGAAUAUACACAUGCUAUGCGUGUAUGGAAAUUACUGCAAUGCAGAAAUUGUUCAUACUCAUGCCAUAUUCAUUUAAUAGAGUAGAUGUCUUGUCGAUUACAACAUAAUUUAUACAUGUAUUUAUUUUUGCGUCA